AUGUCGGGUCCCAAAGAUCCACGAUGUAUAAAUGACUUUACGCUCCAAGAAAUCCUGAUAACCCUGAUUCUCGCAAUGAGUAACACAUCGUCUGUAAAGAUUAUUCUACGAGUACGAGAAAAAAUGAUUUUCAACAGUUAUUCGGCAAAAAAUAUCUAUUUUGUUCUGUUGAUUGUGCUACUGCAUUACUGUAACUGUAAAACAGCGAUUUGGGAUUUUGCUGUACCGUACAAUACGUCACUAAUUCAUAACAUUACACGUGUCCUUGAUACUAUUCUCCUGAAACAGGAUCGUAAUUUCCGACCCAUCAAUGGAGGCUAG